GACAACCCACACGACCGGAGCUCAACAACCCUUUAGGAACACCACAUUCGACUUCCUACGAGCAACGAUGGCCCCCAAGAAGAACAAGAGAACCGCCGACUCCAUCAACUCGCGCCUGGCGCUUGUGAUGAAGUCCGGUAAGGUCACCCUCGGCUACAAGUCCACCCUCAAGAGCCUACGCACUGGAAAGGCCAAGCUCGUCAUCAUUGCCGGAAACACCCCUCCUCUGAGGAAGUCUGAGCUCGAGUACUACGCCAUGUUGUCCAAGACCUCGGUCCACCACUUCUCCGGCAACAACAUUGAGUUGGGCACUGCUUGCGGUAAGCUCUUCCGCUGCUCCGUCAUGUCCAUCCUCGAUGCCGGUGACUCCGACAUUCUGUCCCAGAACACCGAGAACUAGAGUGUCACGACACAUGGAAGGGGUGAAGUUAGACAUGAUACCUAGGCGUGGCGAAAGCUAUGUCCACGAUGAUAUCCAAUGAAUGCAAGAUUUCAUGAGCCA